UUACCAGUGACACCACACCAUAUAUAUAUAUAUAUGUGUGUGUGUGUGUGUGUGUGUAUGUAUAUAUACUAAAGUACAGUAUAUAUCCAAAACCUGACCAUUACACCUAUAUGUACAUAUACAUUAGAUUGCAAAACCAUGGGCAUUAUUAUGAUGUUGGUCCUCCCUUUGCUGUUAUAAAAACCUCCACUCUUCUGGGAAGGCUUUCCAAUAGAUUUUGGAGCGUGGCUGUAGGGAUUUGUACACAUUUAGCCACACAAGCAUUGGAGUAGGCACUGAUGUUGAACGAGAAUGACUGCUGCUCAGUCAGCGUUGAGGUCAGGGCUCUGUGCAGGCCACACGAGUUCUUCCACACCAACCUUGGCAAACCAUGUCUUUAAGGACAUCGCUUUGUACACAAUGGGCAUUGUCAUGCUGGAACAGGUUUGAGCCUCUUAGUUCCAGAAAAGAGCAGUCUUAAUUCUACAGCAUAUGAAGACAUUUCAGAAAAUUCUGCACUUUCAGUUUUGUGAAAAAUUCUUCUUUGGGGAAGAACCACAUAUGUGUGUGGUGGUCAGGUGUCCACAUACUUUUGGCCAUAUAGUGUGUAAGUAUUCUGAGUGAGUACUCUGUAGACUUGUACUUUGGCUUGUAUGUUUUGAAGAGUGUAUUUUGUACAGUGUACUAAUUCAUAUAUAUAUAUAUAUAGUUGCUUCUAUGGCACAGAAGUCACAUAUUCAUGAUGACAUGAGUUGGAGUUUGAUUCACAUGAUAUCUAGAUUGUAAAAUGUUCAGUAACUGCACACAUGAACUAGGUAUAAAAAUGAGGAAGCAAAUGUAGUAGAACAUAAAUUUAGAUGUAGAAAAUGUGUAUUUUUCUUGCCACAAUAAAAGAAAAUGCUGGUUAAAUGUAAAUCGCUCUGAGUUUUGUUUCUGUUUCAAGGGGAUUUUGCAUUCCUUCUGACGCAUGACAUAUAUCAACACUAUUUUGCCUUCAGUUUCUUCUAUAGAAUCUUGUCAGGCCUGACACCGAGCCGACAACCGAUUUGAAGAUAAAGUGGUAACGCCACCCCUCUAAGAAAGACACCAUAUAACCCACUGUUUAAAAGAUAUUCCUCAUUGUUCUGCCAUCGUAGCACAUUUACAGAAGACCAGAAGCUUUCGCAGCAGUAAGUUAGCACUCAAAGAAAACUAAAAAUGGUGUCCACUUGCCAGUGCUGCCAGGUCCUGGGCUUUGUCCUGGGUGUCAUUGGCUUCUUGGAGGCCAUCUUUGUUUCUGUCCUUCCCAUGUGGAAGGUGACAUUAUUCAUUGGUGCUGACAUUAAGACAACGCAGAUCAUCUGGGAGGGCUUAUGGAUGUUCUGUGUCAUGAAUAGCACGGGCCAGAUGCGGUGUAAGAUCUACAAUUCCUUGCUGGCACCAACCCAGGAUCUGCAGGUCGCCCAAGCUCUGACCACCAUCUCCAUCAUCGCCUGCCUGUUCGCUAUAAUCCUGGGAGUCGCUGGAGGCAAGUGCAACAACCUUGUGAAAAACAAGCACACCAAGAUCAAGAUUGCCAUCUGUUUCAUUGUGGCUGGAGUCCUGUACCUCAUCUCAGUCUGCUGGUGUAUUGGCGCCAUCAUCCUACAUCAUCCGCCAUCAUUCUACAAGCCCUUCCUCACCAUAGCUCAGAAGACAGUUCUGGGGGCUUCACUCUUCUUGGGCUUUGGCAUCACUGCAACUCUGCUUCUCAGUGGUCUCGGAAUUCUGCUCUGCAGUAUCUGUUCACUGGAAAAGAAGACGAAUUACAACAAUGUUUACAGGUACUCCCAGCCACAGUCCACUGCCACCAUCAAGCCUAUGUCUGCGUGUAGAAGCACCAGGCAAAGAAUUUUUCAUUCCUCAUAAUGUUCUGCUCUAUCUGUUUCUUCUUGCACCAUUGGGGAACUACAAACGAGGAGCAAAGACGGACAUCAGGUGUUUGCUGUGAAGCCAUACGUGACUAUUCUGUAGUGCAUUUAUAAUAAGUAACUUGCAUUUAUAAUAAGCAUAAGGAUAAUGUUGUAAAUAAAGGAAAUGCAUUCAUAACACAAGGUUAAAGUCAAAGGUUGAAUAAAUUGUUUAAUUUCUUUGAAUAUUAUCUAAAAUUGUAAAUGUCAGAGCCCCUUUUUUAAAAAAAAACAAGCUUUGUUGCUAUCAAAUAUCAACAAAAAACACCACGUAUCUCAUGUAUAGAGAUUGGAACACUGGUAUAAUCAAGAAGCUGAGACUUUCCACUUUACAGCAGUGUAUAAACUCAAUGGUCAUAUGAUAAAGAGACUCCAAAAUAAUGAAGCUGAUCACACAUGGUUGGUUUGCAGAUAUAAUUUUGCACUAAAUAUAACCUGUCGUGGAAAUCUAGGAAUAGAGGUAAAUAAAUUCAGCAGACAAGAUUGAGCAACAAGACGUCUUCAGUAUGCAUUACAAAAAUCAUGUACCCAGAAGAGGUACUUCCCCUUUCUGGUGCUCCCUUUUAUACAUUGUUUUUCAUCCCUUUAGAGCAUUUCAUUACCUUUUAUGGACAUAAUU